CAAGCCAGGUGUGCAGAAUGGGGGUACAAUUCCGUCUUGGAUAACUUGAGCAGCCAUCAGAUUUUCUUGCGAAUUUAUGAAUAUGAUGGCGUCGGUGGCCGCAACGGGGACGGUGCGAUGAAGAAGGUGUUCUCUCAAGUAUUUCUCGACCUCCAUAACCCUGAGGUGGCUGUUCUUCGAUGCAAGAAGCGAUUCGCUGUUUGCUUUGACUCUGGUGUAUGUCUUUGGCAAGUUCCAUCAUCGCGAGAUGGGUCAUUCACCCUGCUGAGCUUCGAGCCAAGCGAUGAUCUACUAUCGUGGUUGAUGAAGACCGAGGCGGCGGUGGAGGAGGCGAUCAAGACCAUGGAGGGUGCGCCCAUAGUGGAUCACAGUAUGCUGAUGCUGCAGCUGGAGGCCUGGAAAGACGAGCUGAAGACCCGGAAAGACGAACUGGAAGCCCAGAAAGACGAGCUGAAGGCCCUGAAAGUCAAUCUGCGCUGCCACAAGACAAAGGACGAUGAUAUUGAGUAUCCGGUGCUGUGUAAUCAUGGAAAGAUCUUGAGGUGGCCUCGGAAUAAACGGAGACCGGUCAUUACGUUGGACAUCUCUCAAUCGUACUACUUUGGCGACCAAGAAACGUUGAAAUGCAUCAAGUUCAUUCCAAGUCUGCUCAAAAGUUUCAUAGAUGGCGAGGAUACAGCUACUUUCAACUAUCUGAUGCGGCACAUCAAUCGAUAUCCGGACCACAGCGACUCGAUCAACAAUUCCGUCAUUGGCGUCAUUUCUCUGCACUGUAAAGCUAACGCUUUUGAGUUUUUCCUUCAGAAUAUCCUGAAGGGCACCAAAAGAUCUUGGGUUCCCCAUGCAAGCCUGUUUUCGAGGGAUCCCGAGAAGAAUAUUUUCGGAAUUUUAUUAAAAAAUUCAGAGCGAACCAUGAUCCGGACACUUGCAGAGUACAUGUUGGCAUCAUCAAGAAGAGCUGGUAACUCGGGGUACCUUGAUAUUUUGUUGACAAGCCUACCUCACAUUGCAAAGAAAGACCCUUCCAUGGCUUUAUGGAUCACACGUCAAGCAGUAUUCUUGCCGUCGGACUACCGCCGAACCGAUUUAAAGCAGGAUGCCGUUCUCAACAACCCUCCAUGGUCACAAUCGCCCCUUUGGAAGAGAGUUUCCGCAAGCCUUGGAGGAUUUCAGGAAUUCAGGAACGAGUUGCACGAGUAUGCCAAUCCAAUCUUCCAAGUACAAUCUCAAUUGCCCCUGACCUUUGGACCUUCGAGUUUGUCACCGGAACCCAGGUGCUUCCCAAAGGAGCCAGAGUAUAACACCCUGAACGAACAAAUCCAGCUCGAUUUUUACAUGAUCCCAAUCUCGCUGGCAUUCAGCGUGCAAGCGAUUGACAAGGCGGCACUACUGCCAAAUACAGCCGAGAUCUCUUUUCUCUCAUGGAUUGGGCGAUGGUCAAAAAUGCACUUGGUCGACUUCAGCCAUGCUCCAACAGUGAUUUGCCAUUCUCUUCCGCUCGAAGUGUACGACAGCCCAGCUUUGCAGGCGAUCAUGGAAUACAAAUGCCGUUUUGGCCGCGUGUUCUGGAUUCUCCGCUUCACCUUUCAAAUCGUCUACUAUAUUCUGGUCCUCACAGUGUCGUUCUCUUAAAUCAAUCUGCCCACUGACGACUAUUCCGAUGAUGGUCAAUUCGUUUACAACAAAGCGGGCAAUGCUCUGAGAGGCGAGUUCAUUGCCAUCUUGGCUAUGGGAUCGCUCUUCUUUUAUUUAGAACUGAAGCAAGCCUGUGGAAACUGGAGACGAUACCUUACGUUUUAUAACAUUCUCGACAUGUUUGUGUACCUGCUCCCGAUGAUCGUGAGUACUAUUCAGCUA